AUGGCUGAAGGAGUGCAAUACCACAUUGAAAUUCAGGAUGGACACGGAUUUGAAGAUGGCGCAGUCAUGGUUGUUUUAGACCUUAAUGGUCAGGAUUUACCACAUAGUGUUGCCCAGACAAUUUUAGAAUUGGCUCAGCAAUCUCGGCGUGGUCAGCUUAGAGAAGCAGACAAUAUUGCUCAGAUUUUUGUGGAAGAGGCACAGAAUCAAGGCCAGGAGGGGCAGACGAUUGAAUAUGUGACCAGAGUGGAAGGAGAAGAUCCCCUGCCCAUGGAAGCCAGUGGUAAUAUUAUAACUGAAGUGAAAGUCGAGGACAUUGAUAGUUUUUUAUGUGGUGCUCAGGAGCCGGCACAAUUUGUGACUAGUAUACAAGAUGGCAGCCAAGAGAAAAUUAUUGUGCGUGAUCUGGCGGAACUGGAGCAGAUGCGAGCAGGUACUAUGCAGAUGCAAAGUGAGGCCACACAGACGGUUCUGUAUAAGAGUCUACUCGAUCAAGACCGGAUGAAAUAUCGGCGAAUUAGCCGAUUUCCCAUUGAUGGAUUAGACCACCCGGAGCUUGUUUUAUCCGAUGCGAAAGUAGAGGUCGGGGUUCAGUGUGAGAUCAUAAAUUUCCAGGACAGAAAUACGAAUGUAGUGGUCGCAGCAAAUGAAGGGGAUGCCACAGCCUGUUCAGAAGGAGAUGCAAAGGAUAUUAAGAGUGAACCUCUAUGGGCAGAUGAUUUAGUUAAUGAUGCUAGCAAACCAGCCGAGCCUGAAGAAGCUGCUGCAGUUCCUGAACAACCAGCCGUAAGAAAAACCUGCAAGCAUUGUGAGUUCGCCUGUAAUCAGGAUCUUGAGCUUGGCCACCACUUGAAGCAGGUACACAAGGAAUCAAAACCGUUUGCUUGUUCAGUUUGUGGUGCAGCAUUUGAGUUGGAAUUAAGUUUUCAAAUUCAUCUUCUGGCUCACAUUGACAGACCUGCUGUUAAGCAACAGAAAAAUGGUUACGUCUGUCCUGUGUGCAGUGUUCAGUUGAAGACGCACAAAAAUCUGAUGUCGCACGCGGAAAAGGAGCACAGCAGUGUCAGCUUGUAUACGUGCACUAAAUGUCGGUUUGCCAGCUGUUCCAAGAAGGAACUCUCCGAACACAACAAAUCAGAGUUACAUACGGGGAGAAAAAACAGAGUGUCUGUGUGUCCUGUAUGUAAAGUUGCUUGCUUACGACUGACCGUGCAUUUAGCCGAAUCUCACCCUGACCACCGGCCUUACUCCUGCGAUCAGUGCAACUACACCAGCAAAACCACGUAUGCCAUGAGAACCCAUGUUGUGACUCAUACUAGCAGUAAAGAUUUUGUAUGUCCCCAGUGCCAGCGGGCGUGCAAGUCUCAGAUAAGCCUCAAGAGGCAUAUAAAAAACCACAAUCCAGAUAGGAAAUUUCACUGCUCCUUGUGCUCCUUCUGCACCAAUGAUGGGUACGAGUUUAAGCGGCAUGGGGUCAGGGUUCACACCAGAAAGACGUAUUAUGGUUGUAAAUAUUGCAACUUGUCGUUUGUGAACCACUGUGACUUAAAGCUCCAUGCGAUGUCGGAGCAUAAGAGCAGAGACUCAUUCUACUGCAAGUACAAACAGUGUGACUUUUCCUGUGAGACGAAGCUGGAGUUCAAGCGCCAUGUUCAAACCCAUACUGGCAAGCACCGGUAUUUGUGCGAAAUCUGCGAUUUCACCACCCCCUGGAGAGCACAUCUGGACAGGCACCUGGCUACCCACACUAACCUUCGGCCAUUCAAAUGUGAACUCUGUGACUACGAAUGUCGGGAAAAAAUUAACCUGAAAAAGCAUAUGGUGAUUCAUAGCGAAGACAAACCAUUUAAGUGUACGAGGUGCACGUAUACGUGUAAGCUGAAGAACCUUCUAGAUAGCCAUACGAGGAUUAUGCAUACGAGUCUCAAACCCUUUGCAUGUACCCGAUGCACGUACACCACCAAGACAGCAAGUAAUUUGAAGAAGCAUAUGUGGAUUCACGAGCACUAUAAACCAUUUGAGUGCCGGUACUGCCCAUACACGGCAAGAGAGAAGAACAAACUUCGGCGCCACGAGAACCUCAAACACAAGGAGACUGUCAGUGAGGUGUAUGAACUGAAACCUGUUGCCAACGCCAUGGAAACAUACAGUAUCGUUUUUACAACACCACCGCCAGAUUGA